AUGUUGGUGAGGACGUACCAGCGGAAACGCAGAGGGGUACCGAGCGGUUCAGAUGACUCGUUUGCAGAGUCGGCGUCGCAGGACUCGCAGUCGUUCUUCUCGUCUCAGUCGCAGGAGUUUCAACUGAACGGCCUUCCCUCGUCACAGAACUCUGAUUGGUCGCUAGUAGGCAGCGAUGAUCCCGAGGCCAUGCUGGAGCGUCCACGUUCGUUCCACUGCAAUGCCAACCCCCCUGGUGGACUCUUCUCACCGGAAUCCGAACCUCUGCACCACUCCUGUUCCGAACCUGAUGCCUUUCGCGGGUUUCUGUCCCAGCCGACACGCUCCAGCCUCCGUCCCCCUGGCCCCUCUCGCACUAGAACCGAACCCAACCGAGCAGAACCGCGCCGGCGAUCGGCAGCAAGCUGGCGAAGCCAGAUGGACGGUGGAGAUGAUUCCAGCGGCUUUCUGAACCACGUAAAGAUGAAGAAGGGCGGUAAAGGGAGCCAGAGUAAAGGAAGCCAGGGUCAGGGGAGAAAGCAAGGGAGGCGCGGCAAGGCAGAGGGCGAAUCCCAAGAAGCAGAAGUAGAAACCCUAGGACAACGGAGGCCGGGCAAUGGGAAGGGGAAACAAGAUAGUGAGCGAGAGAGCGACGCGGAGGAGGACGAACUUCGCGAGCUGGAAGCGCUUUUCAAGUCUCCAGUGCACCGCAACACAUUAUUGACACAGAAGCACAGCAGCUCCCUCAUGCAUGCCGCAGGAACUGCAGCCGCAGCAGCAGUAGCAGCGGCAACAGCAGCCACAGCAGCAGCAGCAGCGUCAGCAGCUGGUGCAUCCGUAUUGGAAUCACAGGAGCUGUAUUCGCAAGAUUCAGAUCUCCCGGGGCCUAGAGGCUCGAGUUUUAUGGAACCAGAGGAGUCAGACUUUCGGGGCCCUAGAGGGACGAGUCUGAUGGAGGCGCAGGAGUCGGGUGAGAUGAUGGCGAGCCUGGAUGAGGCCAUGUUUGCACUGGAUGGACUCAAGCUGCGCCAGCCAAUCAGGGUGCAGAGGUCUGCUGCCACGUCACUGGCGUCCAUCUGCUCGGCUGUGGACCGCCGUCGCCUGCUGCGCUCGCAGGGGUGGGUUGGUUGGCUAAUAAAGCAGAUAAUGGAUGCUCUUCUGCUUCUCCCAAUAACGGAUCACCCUCUUGCACUGGCCGCUGCAGCUAGUUUCUUCUUCGUCUCCUCCGAUGACGUGGAAAGUGACUUCCCAGACCCCUCCCACGCGCUCAGCUUCCUCCUCGCCCUCCUCAAGCACCACAGCGCCGCCGUCCCUCCACCUGUCAGCCCAAGCCCCCGUCCCGCGCAUGCGUCUGCUGCCUCUUGUGGCAAGUCUCCUCCUUCCCGGGUAGGCUUCCCCUGGCGGGAAUGCCCUGUCAAGGGGAUGGAGAGGCGGGAGGCGGAAGCUGCUGUAGCAGCAGAGACAGCACCAGACAACACGCUGCCGCCCUUCUCCUCCAGUGGGCCCGGGCGGCAUCAGCUCAUGCGCGUUGGGCUUAAGGACGAAAUGCGCCGCCUGGGAGGGCUGCACCUGGUGGCGGCUGUGGCUGCCAGGCACAUGCUGCAAUUCCCCUCUCUCUCCUCGUCCACACAUGAGCCACAUGCAGGCGGCCUUGGAGCGAAAGAAGCAGAGAGGGAGGCAUGGGGAGACGCCAAAAGGCGGAGGCUGGGGAGCAAGGAACAUCCUUGUGGAUUUGAAAAGAAGCACCACUUGCAGCAGAAGCACAAGCGGAUGGGUGGUACUGAAGCAACAGCAGCAGCCAAUGAGGGCUUGACACAUAACGGAAGAAUCUCCACGGGUGUUGAUGUGGCGACAAGCUGUUUGGGGGUGUUGGAGCAUGUCACGUUCAUGAGCCGUGAUAACCAGGACUAUCUCAUCCGCCUCUUAUUGCCCACUGACACUCUGCCUGGAGCAAAGCGAAGAAAGUUGUCCGGCUGCCACACCGCCUCUCCCGCUGCCGUUCCCCUCAUGGCUGCAGCAGCCUCUAGUAGGGCUUUCGGGGAAGGGAAGGGGGGCAGCAGCAGUGAACGGCCGUUUCUUGCUCUCCUGUUGGAGUGCCUGGAAGGGCUGGCUGGUGGUGGGGGCAUUCCGACCUCGAAGGGCAAGGAGAGCGCUAGCACUUCAGAAACAGAUUCUGAGGGGGAGGAGGAAGACGCAGCGGGAGGGGCAGUAAGGGCCGGUGGUGGGGGCGUGGUGAUUCUGGGCGAUGAUGUGCCUCUGGACUUGGGGUGGGAGGAGGGGAGUGAGGAGGGUGAAGUGGAGAGGGGGGAGGGCGAGAAGGGAAGUGGGCAAAAUGGUGGGGAGAGAGUGUGUGGGGUGGCCGCAAAGGGGAAGUCUGGUGGGGGAAGGAGAGGGGUCCAGGCAGGUGGCAAGGAGAGGGCAUCGGCAGCCCCGUUUUCCUUCGACCCAUGGGGGGAGGAGGGUACAGGGAGGGUUGCAGGGAAGAUUGUUGGGAAGAUUGCAGUGAGGGCAGGUGCAGGGAAGAUUGCAGUGAGGGCAGGUGCAGGGAAGAGCAGCGGCGCUGAUAAGGGGCCGCAGGGAAAGGUGGCUUUCAAUGCAGGUGCACGUCGUAGUGCUGUGAAGCAGUUUGAGCAAAAGCAAGAACAGGCUGUAAUGCUGGGAGAGGCAGUGGAGGGGGGUUAUGAUGAGGAGGAGGAGGGGUCGCGACAUGGCGAAAAUGGUGCUCUUCCCAUGGAGGUGAGACAUAGCAAUGGUGGUGUGGUGCUGGGGGAAGAUGUGCCGGCAGCAGAAGAGGAGGACGAGGAGGAGGAUGGGAAAGAGGGAGAGUUUGGAACUCGCAAGGCUCGCAGUGGUGCAGUGGGUAGAGGAGGAGGCGUUGUAUUGGGCGAGGCGGUAGGGGAGGAGCAGGAGGGCUCUGAUGAUGGGGAUUCGGAGGAAUCUGGAUUGAGUGGCAGAGAAAGGCACAGGCGAGCAUGCAGUGCGAUCAAGAGUGGUUCUGGCGUGAGAGAGCGUGGUGAUGGAGGGUUGGGGAGGAGUGAGGGCGUGGGGAAGGAUCCAUACGAGUUUCUAAUGGACUCACAGGUGGAGGAGGAGCUAUUAUUGGGAGAGGAGUUAUUAGUUGGGGGAGAAUGGGGGGGGGUGAGGGGAGGAGGGGGGUGUGGGGAGGGGCAAGGUGGUGUGUGUGGGUGGGGGUUAAGACUGGGGGAGGAGGUGGAGGGAGGGAGCAGAGGGAACGAUGGUGAGGGCGGUGAGUUGUGCAGGCAGGCGUGCGUGGGGGACCAUACAAGGAAGGCGAUGGGGAUGAUGAUGGCGAAUGCCAAGGCGAUGGCAGUUGCAAGGAGGGGCUUGCAGAAGGGUGCGGAGCGGUGGCAGGGGCGCACGGGAUUGCUGUGGUGGCGUCUCUGGCUGCGGCCUGCUGCUCCGACCUCUGCUGGCAGCAUGCCCUCGCUGCUUCUGCUGAGGCCCGGUGUGACUCUGCAGGAAAGCCAGCUCUGGCAGCAGCUCCGGCGGUAG